ACAUGCGGCUGCCUGCCUGUGUUUACCUCCCAGUCCCAGCAGCGCUGCUGUACGCUGGCAAACUGGACAAAAAAAAGCACCAUCUUCAGCCUGGUGCUGCCGAAAUACUGAUGUAAGCUGCCUGGUGUCCCAUCUUUUGGGUUCUUUUCUCCUGCUACGCCGUGUGUUGGUGCCGCCGAAGCUGCGAUGAAUAAGGAGAUCAUGUCACGUGUGGUGAGGAAGAGGCAGGCCGACCCCAAGGUGGUCCAGUACGUGUGGGAGGCCAUCGAAGUCAUCCGCAACCAGAAACAAAUCGCAAACAUGGACCGCAUCUCCAAGUACCUGAGCCGAGUGUUUGGCAUGCACCCCAAGGAGACGGCCAGGCAGCUGAGCCUGGCGGUGAAGGACGGGCUGGUGGUGGAAACCCUCACGGUCGGCUGCAAAGGCUCCAAGGCCGGCAUCGAGCAGGAGGGCUACUGGCUGCCCGGGGAUGAGAUGGAUCCGAAAGCCGAGGGAAGCAAGGAGUGGGAGACGGAGAGUCACGACUGGUACUGCUUCGACUGUCACUUAGCAGGCGACGUCCUCGCCUGCGACAACUGCUUCCGGGUUUACCAUCUCAAAUGUCUGACAGAGGAAUGCAAACCCAGAGACGGAGGCUCCCACUGGCAGUGUGUCGUGUGCCGGGGAAGUAAAAAGAAGAACCUGAACAAACAGGAGAUGUGUAAAUAUCUGCGCUUCAUCGUCCAGCGGAUGAAGGAAAGGGCGGUGGACCUGAACAAAAAGGGCAAAGACACUAAACACCCCAUGUACAAACGGCUGAUCCACACGGCUCUGGACGUCUCCAACAUCCACGAGAACCUGACUGAGGGAAAGUAUAAAACCUUCGAAGAGUUCAAAGCCGACGCUCAGAUGAUUGUUCAUAACACUGCCAUCCUGUAUGGAGUUCACAGCGACCAGGCAGAGAUCGCACGGCUGCUCUUCAGUGACACAUGCCAUGAGCUGAACGAGUUGAUGUUGUGUAAGAACUGUUUCUACCUGUCGAACGCCCGGCCAGAAAACUGGUUCUGUUAUCCCUGUACGCCGAGUCACGACCUGGUCUGGGCCAAGAUGAAGGGCUUCGGCUACUGGCCGGCCAAAGUCCUGCAGAGGGAGGACAACCAGGUGGACGUACGCUUCUUUGGACACCAGCACCAGAGGGCGUGGAUUCCCUCGGAGAACAUCCAGGACAUCAAGGUGAGCGUCCAGCAGCUGCAGGUGAAGCGCAGCAACGGCUGGAAGAAGGCGUGCGAGGAGCUGGAGGUGUACCAGCGCUUCCUGAGGGAGGGCCGCUUCUGGAAAACAAAGAUGGAGGACAGCCCUCAGCCACACCAACAGAACCAGAACCAGCGGCAGCAGCCGGAGGAAGAGGAGGAGGAAGAGGAGCAGGAGGAACAGGAACAGGAGCAGGAGCAGACCAGCGGGAGGACGCAGAGACCGGAGCGGACAGAUGAAGCUGAGUCCAGCAUCUCCUCCACCAGCAACGAGCAGAUCCGCCAUAUGAAAGGCAGCCAGGAGCCCAAGGCGAAAAAAAGCCGCAGGGCCGCAAUUCUUGAGCUCAAAGAGGAAGUCAGUGAACCGGAGCCGGAGAUGGAGGCGGUCAGCUCCAGCCAGGAGAUCCCCUUUUCGUCGGCGCCCCAGCAGCCCGAGAAGCUGUCCGUGUCCACGCAGACCAAGAAGGCCAGCGGCAGCUCGCCGCGCAUGCUGCACCGCGGCACCCAGACCAGCAGCGACGGCGCCUGCCAGAACAUGUGCCACGAGAAGUACACCAAGGUCUUCAACGACGUCAAGGAGGUGAUGAAGGCGGACAACAAGAGGGAGACGGAGCGAGUCGUCAGAGAAGCUCUGGAGAAGCUUCGGGUCGAGAUGGAGGAGGAGAAACGGCAGGCGGUGAGCAAGGCCGUGGCCGGAGUUCAGGCGGAGAUGGAGAGGAAGUGCAAACAGGUGAAGGAGAAGUGUAAAGAGGAGCUGGUGGAGGAGGUGAAGAAGCUGGUGGCCCAACACAAACAGCUCAUCUCCCAGACCAAGAAGAAGCAGUGGUGUUAUAACUGUGAAGAGGAGGCCAUGUACCACUGCUGCUGGAACACCUCGUACUGCUCCAUCAAGUGUCAGCAGGAGCACUGGCACGCAGACCACAAACGGACCUGCCGCAGGAAGAGAUGAACAGGCCCACGCCUCCCUGGCUCCCUCCCUCUGUCAGUCAGCCAACAACACACAUUUCUCUACGGUGUUACUGUACUCGCCCUCCUGGGAACUUUUCAGACCCGAUAAUUUGCUGCGUGGCGAGUGAUUUGCUCCUGUUUUGGUUCUGUUAUUUAAUGUAGCCAUCGUAUUUGUUUGUUUCCUCGCAACCCGUGAACUUUUCUCCAGAGCCUAGCUCCACUACGGAUUUAUGGUCAGAUUUUUAUGUUUUCUAUUUUUUUUUUCCUGUAUGUUUUCUUUCUGGAAAUGCUGAUGUUGUGUCAGAGGAUGUGUUAUUUAAGUCUGUAGGAACAUGUGAGCAUUAACAGAAAACAGUUUAUUAUCUUAAUUUUUUUUUAAAGUAUUUUCUUUUCUUACUGUAAAUGCAGGAAACAAACCUGGAAGAUUUAAAACGACCUGCAGCUUGAACUAACUCUGCUUUCAUGGAGAAAACCAUCUGUAGCAUACUGAACUGUUGAUGAGGCUUACAAAUUUUAAAGUCGUUUUAGGUCAUUUUUCUUUCUUUUUUUUAUAGAAGUUUAUGCAGGUGGAUGCACCUUUUUACCAUGUCUACCUACAAUUUUAUUUUCCUGAAUCAGUUAUUGGGAACAGGGUCAAAAUGUCGACUUUAAAACAAGUUGACAAGGAAAUCUUCCAUUUGUAUAAAUGUUAUUGAUAUCAUAAAUGAUAUAAUUAUGCACCUGUUUGGGUUCUCCUGAUGACAAGAAUGUUUUAUGAGUGUGAAAUUAAAGGAAAGGUUUAUAAAUUGCUCAAAAUUUCUGGAAAAGCUGAAUUUUCUCAAGCUGAAUCUUUGAAAAGUUGAAUGAAUUGAUCGAUUGGUUUUCCCCAUUCCAUCUGCUAAUGAUAUAAAAUCUUGUAAAAUUGCCAAAAAAAACUCCCAGCCUACAAUCGUUAAACCUACCUGAGAAGAUGGGGUGCGUCGCCCCGGCGGUCAAAGCUGAUGUAUAUUUUUCCGGACGUCAUCAGUGUCAUUUUUCUCGUGAUGUACGCUCAGAGUUGAUCCAUCCUUUUGUAAUCUGAAGUGACUAGUUGAAGAGAGUUUUUCACUGCGUUCUGCUGUUGUUGGUGGUCAGUGCCUGUUUUCCUUUCUUCAUCUCCCACUGAGGCAACAUGCAUGUGGAUAGCUUCACCGUUCCUUCGUUUUUCAUUCAUGUCGCAAAAAGAAGAAGACCUGAAGCUCUCCGCUGGUGAAAAAGGAGAGAUGGACCGUUAUGAAACUUUAUGCAAACGAGCGUGAGAAAGCAGUUUCCCCCUGAGCUGGAUGUCAAGUGUUGGUGUUUCAUUUUGAAAAAGAGGCAAUAAAAUUGCCAGUUUGUAACAUGUUUUUAUCUUAUUUUAACUGUUUCCUCAGCGAUGAAGAUCAACUAAAAGGAGAGAAAAAAAUUCACUACCUUUUUUUUUUUUUUUUUUUUUUAUGUUUCUUUCUCGCAAUUUUUCCCCCCAUGUAUGUCUUGUUAAAUAAAUUGAAACAAAUGUUUGCGUUGUGGACAGGAUGUUUUUACAGCUUCAGUUUCUGUUCCUGUUUGUUUUUCUUGCUGUUAUUGAAAUUUCCUCUGAAGUUAAUGUUCAAAUUCCCUCAUCUGAUGCUAAUUAAAUGUGGUGCAAUUACAAGAACAUCCAUUUAAAAAAACUCAUAAAAUGUUAAUUAUAUGUGCAGAAACACUUGUAAGCUAAAGUUUAUUAUUAUUGUAUUCAGCCCAUCAAAGAAUAGAAGGGAUUCUUUCUUGACUUUGAGAAAAAGAUUGAAAAUAGUCACGGCUUAUUAAUAUAUUUUUUAAUUAGAUUCUGGAUUUGAUGUUCUCAGAAUAUUUGGCUUUUUAAAAGCUCACUGACCCAUUGACUCGUCUUUCAUCAUUGCACUACAUGUAAAUGCUCCCUUCUGUCAGUAUAUCCCACAUUAAGUUAAAUGCACAUUUCAAAGGGUUUCAUUUUGCUUCAGAGAUCUUGAGACUGUUUUGUACAGCAUUUUUCAUAUCAGGCGUGGUCAGGUUUGUUCAUCUAGAAGUUGAUUAUAUUUCAAACAUGUUGCACCUUCAUUAUGUCAAAGCAUUUCAGACUUUUUUUUUUAAAUACAACUUGGAAAUAAGUAGCUUGUCUUUCCAAACUCACACAGUUUGCUGAUGACAUAUUUUUUUACUUAUGUAAACUCCAAACCUAUUUUUCCCCUCGUUUUAUUGUUUUUAUAUUUGUCCACUCAGCUGUAACAUUUGAUUUUUACUUCUUUUCAUACUUGUUUGUAACCUUUUUGAUGUUUAUUUUGAUUUUCUUGAAUGAAAUCAAGUAUGGGAUCUCCAGCUCCGGUUUCUUCUUUGUUUUUAGUUUGUUUUUCUUUCCCAAUGUAAAGAGAAAUGGAUGGGUUUUUUUUGCACUCAUCUGAGAAAUGCAGAACGACAAUUUUUAGUUAAAAAGGUUUGAGGCUGCUUUCAUCUGGAAGAAGUGAGUCAUUUAAUCUGGACUUUACCUGCUCUUAUUCCAGGGUAUUUUUGUAUAUAUUACUGUGUGAUUACUACAUGAAUCCUCUUUGUACUGAAAGUACAAACACCAGGAAUAAAAUCAGUGUGACGUCUCCUUUGUUUUGGCUUCUUGUUGGUCAUGAUCUUCUGUUCUGUCCACAUGUAAACUAUCAUUAUUCAAGGCAAUGUUUUUUUUAAUGCUCCCAACACUCUAGCUAGCAAUAUGUAUAUAAAUAUAUUCUAUGUGCUAACAUGGGGGAAAUAAAUGUAUCAACCAGUC